AUUAGACUACAUGUAAAUGUAGCCUAAAUGGGUAGGCAUAGGCUACUUUUGUAUAACCUAGGCGUGGUAGCCUAUAUUUUUCGAGAACGAGAGUAAUAUCCAAGAAUUUUAGUUGUCGCGUUAAAUUUGAGCCUGAUUUAUUAAUUACCUCAUAAAAUUGAAGUAGUGCGUGUGUAGCCUAGCCUACGGGCGGGGCCAUUGAAGGUAAUCCCACACCGCCCAUUUAAAUGCUUUAAUGUUGUGAAUAAAUGGGAACCCAUACUAUAUUACGUUUAUCAACCAAAAUGAGACCGUCUCUGUCUGAGUUCCGCUUUUGUGUAUGGAGCUUCGUCGUAACAUUUGUGUUUUGUGGGAACCCACGGGGUAUUCCAAGACUCAAUGUGCGUCAGGAUGGAGUUCAAGACCGCUUUCCAUACGAGAGAAAUUUAAGUCACACCGUGUUUUAUUAUCAUGGGAAAUCUGACAGUCUCUUCAUCGGAGGAACUAACUACGUGCUUCAGAUAGAUUUACAAAACGGCCAUGUUUUGGAGAACUAUACACUCUCAUCAGACCACUCCUGCAGAGAGGGCCCCUGUGAGAAUGUUGUCACGACUAUUGAAGACUUCCUGGACGGCUUGUUCGUCUGUGGUACUGAUGGAGAGCGGCGCCAAUGCUGGAGGCUGUUCCCCAAAGAGAACAAUCGUUCUUGUGAGGUAGUUGGGAGCAUUGAGGGGAUAGGAAUCGCCCCACACACAUUCUCACAGAACUCCUUAUCCCUCUCAGUGGAUGGUGAUCUGUACACCGCUGCCCCUUUGUACAAGGAUGGCAGCUCUUUGCAGUUCAGAAGGACCGCAGGCAAGCGCACUAACGUGUGGAUGUACGACAAGUGGGUUACAGAACCCACCUUUAUCUCAGCUUUCUCAAUUCCCCGUGAGAACAACCCUGACAAUGAAAAGAUUUACGUCUUCGUCCGUGAGAAGAACUCUGAUAGCAGUCCAGAGGCUGACCCCUGGAUAUCCAGAGUGGCUCGUGUGUGCAAGGCAGAUGAGGGCGGGUCCAAGAGGUUCUUCCAGAACAUUUGGACCUCAUUCCUGAAGGCCCGGCUGGUGUGCGGAAUCCCCAGCGAGUCGCUCUACUUCAAUCGUCUCCAGGACAUCCACGUGCAGCAUGAGGCUGAUUGGAGGAGGACACGGGUCUACGCUCUCUUCUUCAGUAGCUGGAACUCAACUGCAGUCUGUAUCUACUCCAUGGAGGAUAUUGACAGAGUUUUUGAGAACUCUUCCUUCAAAGGCUACAAUGACCCUGUCCCCAACCCCAGACCAGGAGCGUGUGUUAGAAACAGCAAGAACCUUCCUAUUGCCACCAUCACAGUCAUCAAGGAGCAUUCAGAAAUGACCGACUGGAUUCAUCCCAUCCACAGACACGCUCCUUUCUACGUCAGCAGCAACAACUACACCAAGAUCGCAGUGGAUCGCGUUGAGGCAGCUAACAACAACACAUACAAUGUGUUGCUUCUUGCCACUGACACUGGAACCAUCCACAAGAUCUUGGAGAAUGACCUCAGGGCUUUCAUCAUCUCAGAGACUCGCUUGUACAACCUCACAGUCCCCAUCCAGUCCAUGAAGCUCGACUCAAAGAGGAGGAAGCUAAUGGUGGGAUAUCCAGGGCAGAUGUCAUACAUGGACCUGCAGCGCUGUCAGAAUUAUAAUAAGUCCUGUGAAGAUUGUGUGCUGGCUCGCGACCCCUACUGCUCCUGGACAUCUAGAGGAUGCACUGCUGAAAUGCCUCGGGGUAUUCAGAACAUUGCAGACGGCAAAACAGACGUAUGCCACAAUAAAUCAGCGUCCAGCAGCUCCACCAGAACCAAGCGGGCCACCCUGAUGUCAUCACCGGACCUCCAGAGACUGGUGCACUCCGUCCCGCUGGACUUCCCCUUCUACCUGUCCUGCCCCAUCGACUCGCACCAUGCCACCUACACCUGGGAGCACGAGGGCCGCCACAGCAGUGCCUGCCAGCAGGCCGGCUCCAACUGCCUGCAUCUCAUUCCCGCCAUGGGCGCCGAAAACUACGGCAACUACACGUGUGUUUCCAGGGAGCGCGACUACACCAGAGUGGUCAAGAAGUACCAGCUGCUGAAGCAGGAGCGUCCUAUUCCUCCUCCUUCUCAGCCCAGGGUCAUCUUUCCCAAGAUCAGAGGAGACGCGGCAAAGAUCACAUCACACCUUACGUCAGUGAUUAUGGUCGUACUGAUGGUGGAGCUCCUUUGAAUGGCUGAAGCUUAGUUUAGACUAUCUAUCUUUUCUCCACUGUUUCUUCUAGCUGUUUUUUUUUUGGUCAAGAGUGGGAUGAGAGAGAAGUAUUUUGACCCGAUAAAAUUGCAUGGCUGUAUUUGAAAUGCCCUAAAAUACCCAUGUAAACUCUGUGUUCCACAUGGAAAGAAGGAAGUGUGUGUAUGCACAGCAGGAAAGAAGCUGAAGAGAAGAAGGAGCAGUGUAGCGAACGUCUAAGUCCACAUACUCCAAGCAGAGUAAGGAGUCAGAAUCUGAACAUCUGUCUUUCUGAGGUAUCCGCAGCUGCCUGUGUCUGUGCGUGUGUCCACAAGGGAGUAUAAUCGAGGCCUUGCUCAGUGGAGGUUCAGCCAGUGGUCUGCUCCACAGUGUGAGAUGGGCAUCUUGGGAGUCCCAUGAGCAUGAUGGGGAGAGACUGUGUGUGGCGUCAUCUCAGCUGAUGAAAGCGUCUUGAGUGCUUUGACGUUCCAUGCUGCUGGUCAAUUGGCCAGUACCAGAAGGUUGCCAGAGGAUUGCUUUAGCUGGUUUGUAUCGUCCUCAGUGGUUUGAGAGCCCAUGUUGGUAGGCUACCCAGUAAUAUUUUAAUUUAGUUGUAUUUACAGUAUAGAGCACUGUAAAAAACAGGCAUCCAGGCACCUUAAAGGCGCCUUGGGAAAGAGGACCUUCAUGUGCCCAGUGUGAACAUGAAUCUUGUCAUGGACCAAUGAGUCGUCAGGACCAUCAGCUGCAUGGUUACUGAAAGCACCCUGGUCUUCCAUUGGCCUGUAGAUGCCUGAUAGAGACCGACUCUGGGUCAGUCUUAGUUUACCACUGGUUCAAGUAGACUUAGUAGAGUGAGUAUGUGUCAUUAGGGGUAUGACUGGUUUAAGUAGACUUAGUAGAGAUGUGUACUUAGUAGAGUGAGUACCGGUAUGUGUCAUGGGGGGGUAUGAAAGCGAUAUAUACUGAUCAAGCCCUGUUCAGUCUGUGUACCCUGAAACAGGCUAUGGAAAGGAAAAGCGUUAGCAUGUUGUGGAUACUGAAGUUGACACAGACAUAAUGCCAAUGUAGUGGACGGGAUGAAGGCUUUAGGUAGCUCUCAACACACAACAGAAG